UGGUGCCUAAUCAAAGGGGUCCUUUCCCGCACAAGGAAAUCAUUUUUACUUAUUAACACAAGUCUGAUGUUUAUGUUGACAGAAAUCGAAGAAUGCCUGCUGAGGGCAAGAGAUCAUUAAACAUGGAUGAGAAAGAGGUGAGCUCCUUUAGUAACAAGGAGAAAGACAGGGAUGCUGAUAGACGGCUCGCCUCCUCCCGGGAUAAAGUGAAGGAUGAGGCAAAGAUGAGUGGCAAGAAAGAUAUUGGUAAGGCUGCAGAGGAAAAGAGGAGGCGGCUUGAGGAGGACAAAAGAAAGAAGGAAGAAAAAGAGCGGAAACGGAAAGAGGAGGAGAAACAGAAGGCAGAGGAGGAGCAGAGGAAGAAGGAGGAAGAGGAGAAGAAGCAGCAGGAGGAGCAGGAGAGGAAAGUUCAGGAGGAGGAGGCCAAGAGACAGCGUGAAGAGGAGGCAGCUCAACUCAAAGAGAAGGAGGAGGGCCACCAGCUCCACCAGGAGGCCUGGGAGCGCCACCAGUGCCGGAAGGAGCUUCGCGUCCGCAACCAGAACGCCCACGAGGGCCGUCCCGAGGAGACCUUCUUUAGCCGCCUUGACUCCAGCUUGAAGAAGAACACAGCCUUCGUCAAGAAGCUGCGCACGCUCACCGAACAGCAGCGCGAUGCCCUCUCCAACGACUUUGGCUCGCUCAACCUCAGCAAGUACAUCGGCGAGGCGGUGGGCUCUGUGGUGGAGGCCAAGCUGAAGAUCUCUGACGUGGGCUGCGCCGUGCACCUGUGCUCCCUCUUCCACCAGCGCUAUGCCGAAUUCGCCCCACUGCUCCUCCAGGCCUGGAAAAGGCACUUUGAGGCGCGCAAGGAAGAGAAGGCACCCAACGUGAGCAAGCUGCGCACCGACCUGCGCUUCAUCGCAGAGCUCACCAUCGUAGGCCUGUUCACCGACAAGGAGGGCCUGUCGCUCAUCUACGAGCAGCUGAAGAGCAUCAUUGGGACGGACCGCGAGACACACACGCAUGUGUCAGUGGUCAUCAGCUUCUGUAAGCACUGCGGGGACGACAUUGCGGGCCUGGUGCCUCGCAAGGUGAAGGCUGCACGGGAGAAGUUUGGCCUGGCCUUCCCUCCCAGCGAGAUCAUCAACACGGAGAAGCAGCAGCCCUUUCAGAACCUUCUGAGGGAGUACUUCACCUCGCUCACCAAGCACCUGAAGAAGGACCACCGCGAGCUGCAGAACAUUGAGAGGCAGAACAGGCGUAUCCUCCACUCCAAAGGGGAGCUGAGUGAGGACAGGCACAAGCAGCAUGAGGAGUUUGCCACGUCCUACCAGAAGCUGCUGGCUAACACCCAGUCUCUGGCUGACUUUCUGGAUGAGAACAUGCCAGAGCUUCCACUGGACAAGACUGUGCAGGAAGAGCACGGCCCUGGCAUUGACAUCUUCACCCCUGGGAAGCCCGGGGAGUAUGACCUGGAGGGGGGCAUCUGGGAGGACGAGGAUGCCAGGAACUUCUACGAGAACAUGGUGGACCUGAAGGCCUUCGUUCCUGCCAUCCUGUUCAAAGAUAACGAGAAGAGCAAGGACAAAGAGGAGGCUGCUGCUAAAGAGGCUAAAGAUGCUGCGGCCACCACAGAGGAGUUGGAGUUGGAGCUCGAGGCUCUAGACAUCGCUGAUGACCCUCUGGAGCUGGAUGGACCUGACGAGGCAGAGAACGAGGCAGAGCUCGCCAAAAAACUGUUGGACGAGCAAGGUAAAGAUGAAGAACAAGAGGAUGAGGAGGCAAGCACCGGGUCCCACCUGAAGCUCAUUGUGGACGCCUUCAUCCAGCAGCUUCCCAACUGUGUCAACAGAGACCUCAUAGACAAGGCUGCCAUGGAUUUCUGCAUGAACAUGAACACAAAGUCAAACAGGAGGAAGCUGGUCCGAGCUCUCUUCACCGUUCCCAGACAAAGGUUGGAUCUGCUGCCCUUUUACUCCCGUCUGGUGGCCACCCUUCACCCCUGCAUGUCAGAUGUGGCCGAUGACCUGUGCUCCAUACUCAAAGGAGACUUCAGGUUUCACAUCCGGAAGAAGGACCAGAUCAACAUCGAAACAAAAAAUAAAACUGUGAGGUUUAUCGGGGAGCUGGCCAAGUUCAAGUUGUUCUCAAAAACGGACACUCUGCAUUGUCUGAAGAUGCUGCUGUCAGAUUUCUCCCAUCACCACAUAGAGAUGGCCUGCACCCUGCUGGAGACCAGUGGACGCUUCCUUUUCAGAUCCCCCGACUCCCACCUCCGGACCAGCGUCCUUCUGGAGCAAAUGAUGCGUAAGAAGCAGGCGCAGCACCUGGAUGCUCGCUACGUGACCAUGGUGGAGAAUGCCUACUACUACUGCAACCCCCCGCCCAUGGAGAAGACUGUCAGGAAGAAGAGGCCCCCGCUGCAGGAGUACAUCCGCAAACUGCUCUACAAGGACCUCUCCAAGGUCACCACGGAGAAGGUGUUGAGGCAGAUGCGUAAACUCCCCUGGCAGGACCCAGAGUCUAAAGGCUACCUGAUCUGCUGCAUGGUCAACAUCUGGAACGUCAAGUACAACAGCAUCCACUGUGUGGCCAACCUGCUGGCCGGCCUUGUGGCCUACCAGGAGGACGUGGGCAUCCACGUGGUGGACGGGGUCCUAGAGGACAUCCGCCUGGGAAUGGAGGUGAACCAGCCCAAGUUCAACCAGCGUCGGAUCAGCAGUGCCAAGUUUCUGGGGGAGCUCUACAACUACCGCAUGGUGGAGUCAGCGGUCAUCUUCCGCACCCUCUUCUCCUUCAUCUCAUUCGGGGUGAACCCGGAUGGCGGCCCCAGCCCCCUGGACCCCCCCGAGCACCUGUUCCGCAUUCGCAUGGUCUGCACCCUGCUGGACACCUGCGGACAGUACUUUGACCGCGGCUCCAGCAAGAGGAAGCUGGACUGCUUCCUCAUCUACUUCCAGAGGUAUAUCUGGUGGAAGAAGAGUGUGGAGGUGUGGAGUGCAGAGCACCAGUUCCCCAUCGACAUUGACUACAUGAUCAGUGACACCCUGGAGCUGCUCCGACCAAAGAUGAGGCUCUGCAUCUCCCUGGAAGACUCCGCACGACAGGUCACCGAGCUGGAGAGGGAGUUCCUCGUUAAACUGGGACUGGCCAUGGAUGGGCAGAAGGACGGCCGGCCCUCCAGUGCCAUGGGGAGCGAAGGCGAGGCUCUAGACGAGGAUGACGACGAUGACGACGAAGAGGGAGGGGCGGACACAGAGGAACAGUCUGGCAAUGAGAGCGAGAUGAACGAGCCAGAGGAAGAAGAAGGGUCUGAGAAUGAGGAAGAGGAGCGGGAGGAAGAGGAGGAGGAGAACACCGACUAUCUGACCGACUCCAACAAGGAGAAUGAGACAGACGAGGAGAACAAUGAGGUGACCAUCCGUGGUGGCGGUCUGAAGCAUGUGGCAUGUGCUGAGGAUGAGGACUUCAUCCAGGCUCUGGACAAGAUGAUGCUGGAGAACCUGCAGCAGCGGAGCGGGGAGGCGGUGAAGGUGCACCAGUUGGACGUGGCCAUCCCCCUGCAGCUGAAGAGCCAGCUGAAGAAAGGUCCUGGCGGACCCGUCUGCUCUGGAGAGGGGGACGCAGACAUCUCAGACACCAUGCAGUUUGUCAUGCUCACACGCAAGGGCAACAAGCAGCAGUUUAAGAUCCUGAACGUGCCUUUAUCUUCCCACCUGGCUGCCAACCACUUCAACCAGCAGCAGGCAGAGCAGGAGGAGAGGAUGAGGAUGAAGAAGCUCACUCUGGACAUCAACGAGAGACAGGAGCAAGAGGACUACCAAGAAAUGAUGGCGUCUCUGGCCCAGCGGCCCGCUCCUGCCAACACCAACCGGGAGCGCCGGCCGCGCUACCAACACCCCAAAGGGGCACCCAACGCCGACCUCAUCUUCAAGACCGGAGGAAGACGCUAGACCAUCGCAACCUAUGGAUGGAAGGAGCUGCAGUAAUGAUGGAGACGCUGAUUGGAGUCUAGCUGAGGGAGCGAGCGAAUGAGAGAGCGAGAGAGGGCGAGCGGACCAUCGGUCUCGCCUGAGCAGGGAGUGAGUCCGCCAGCCGCCCACUGACGCAAGCGCAGACUCCCACACCUAACCCCGCCGCCGGACGAAGAGAAAGGGCAUCAACGAGGAGUGGGGAAGAGAGGCGCACCCCCUUCAUCCAGCUAAGGCGUUCCAGAGAACACCCCUUCCUUUCUGUGCGUCGCCCGGGACGACACCAGCACAGCAGCACAAACACCCACCCCGUCUCAACAAGAGAAUGAACCAAAAGAUGAAUGAAAGAGCGACUGACCAGCUGACGGACGGACGUAUGUACGGACAGACAGACGUGGACGCAGACAAACAGACGCGCGGACAGCUAGGCAACAGGACAAGGGACCACAGUCGUCUUCUCUUCGCUCCCGUGCCGGAUGAGGAUAUGGUGUACAAGGGCUCACAAGAGGAGGAGAAGGGACAGAAUGUGUGUGAAAGCAAAGGGGACGGGUGAGGGUGGGCCGUCUUUGGAGAUGGACUGUGCUUCUCUUACUAGGAACAGAUCUGUCAUUCAGUCUUUUUACCUCUUUAUCUAGCUAAAUCACACACUGUUCAAAGGCAGCUUCGAGAGGGGUAUGGAGGAGGAGGAGAGGGAGCACAGACGGGUCACCACUACUAAAUGACUUGAUAAACAAGGGAACAAGGAGGACAAGAUUAUGUACAGAAAGGCGUGGUUGCUUGUGUGUGAGGAAGGGUUGCAGAUGUAGGAUCUUAAUUUGAGCCAGUUUGCUACAGCAGGACAAUAAUCCUGCAGCAAUAGGAAAUGUGAAUUAUUAUGUGGAUUAUGAUUAGUGGAUAUUUUUGUAGGGUACAUUGUUGAUACAUUUUUGUAAGGGAAAAUCAAGUCUGAAAUUUCUAAGUGGAAAUUACAAACUUCAGAAGCCUUUUUAAACCUCAUACACUAAAAGUUUUAAAAUGUUCUGUAUUGCAGCAACAGUUCUCCUGCAACAGGGUGAUCAGAUUAAGAUCCUGCAUCUGUACCAUAGAGAUGGUUUGCUCCUCCUAACCCUGUUGGAAAUGGAACACCUUGUCACAGUGACGACCCUGACCCGGAGGCGGGUACGAGACCAGUGUUGACUGACCAGCGUUUCAUCAUCAGAAAUAAAAUAUAAGUGAUGAAUAUAAUACAUAUUCUUUAUUUUUUCAGCAUUUUGGCUUUCUAGAUGUUUCCUUUAUUUUCAUGAAAAAUCUAUACUUUUUUGGGGUGAUAUACAGGUUGUUGAUUUGGAAUUUGUGUGCCGUAUUGUAGUUUUUGACAAAUGGAUAAGAUACUUAUCUGUGCUCUUGCCUCCUGAGUCCUACUCAGUGAUGAUAACUUCUGUUUGAUUAUUUCUGUCUGUUGAAUCUAUAGAUAGAUAAUCUGUACUCUACUGCAUGGGCCUUUCUGCACCAGCUCUGUAAGCCAAUUUCUGCCUGUUUCAGUAAAAGUGUCCGUUUGUGACUCAC